UACUCGAUACUCACGGAAUCCAGCUUGGACAUCAUUUUCAAUGAAUAUUAAAAACGCGUCGAUUGAUUCUUGCUACGGUGCAACGCCGCCUAUGUCCACUCAACUGGAGCUAUUUACACGCAGCGUAAGAUUUAUAUUGUACACCGUAAAGCGAUCUUCCGAAAUUCCUGAAAUUUGUUUAUUUCGUUGACGUUUGAAUUUUGUUUGCCCCUGAUUGACCAAUCAGAUCUACGUUUUUUAAUACGAAUGAAGUUUGACGCGCAAUCGCACUGAUUCACCGGUACGGCGAAGGGUAUGAAUUGUGAAUUUAAUUGUCCGUAUGUUUCGUUCCUACGUCGAAAGACUCGAUGAAACUUUUAGAAGAAUAUCAGAAGGUUAUCGUACGCGAUGCGAUGGAGAUCUCUUGCCUAUGGAAAUACGUGCAAAUGUUCCUCUAUUUGCUAGGCGCAAUUAGCGGAUACGCGUCGAGCGUUUUAUUCUACAUGUUAUGGAAACAGAUCUUCGGAGGCAAUUGCCCACUGUGGGCAAAAGUUGUUCUACUAAGAGAAGAAUUAGAAUUGGAAAAUAUUGACGACGUAUGCAACAGUUCAGACUGGUGGAAGUAUAUUUUUAUUGAUUGUCAGCACGAAAAUAUAUGUCGCGUUUAUUUAAUAAUGUGCUUCUCAUCUUGCACGUUUGGAAUUGUUUGGUUCAUUCUGUUCUUUAUCUGUGGUAAAGGUGGACAUGAUGAUGCAUCAAUAUAUCCAGAUCCUUGGAGAAUUGUAUUUCCUGCAAUGUACUUUAACUUUGCAUUUACAAUUAUAUCUAUGUAUACGGAUUACAAUUUCCAACAAGGAUAUAAAGCAUUUAGCAAAAACAUGAGAAACAUUACUUCCGAAAUGUACAAUAUAUGCAAAAAAGUUGUGGAUGUAAGUGACUGCGAGAUUAUAAAGAUAUGCAUGAAAAUACAUCACUUUUAUAUACGCGAUCUUGAUUAUCUGUGUAAUAUAACUUCAUACCUGCAGGUAAUAUUCAGGUGUAAAUAUUCACCUUUUUUUUUGUUGUUUUUGACAAUACAAGAAAUAUUCAAAUAUGUAACAAACAUUCUCAAGGUUCCUUUAGUUCUAAUGAUAUGCAGUUGGGCAGGCGGACUGGUAGUAUUGCUUUUCAGAAUAAUUACGAGUAACGACUUUCGAAUUUUAAAAAUUCGAAUUUACGAAUUAAAAGACGAAUAGUUCUCAACGCAAUGCUAUAAAAUGAAACGUUUAUUUCGUAGAAAUUUUACAUAUAUCAGUAUGUAAGUUUGUAUGUAAAAUAGAUGACAAUAAAAUGAUAAAAAAAUAUGUAAUUGU